CUCCUGUCUCUCAGUCCAGUGUAAGUCAAACUGUCAGACAGACCUGAAGAACAGUCUAUCUGAAGUGCCAAAUCAUGAUGUCUGAUUCCAGGGCUUCUUCUGUGAUCCAGGAGUGGGCCGGUUCAUACCCGGGUCAGAACCACACCCUGAACCAGACCUCGGCGUCCAAUCAGCUGUCUCAGAUGGACAUGAUGCCGUACGGGCAGGCUCAGGGGCUGGGGCGGGGGGGCCCUGAUGACAGGGUCUCUGAGCAGAUGAUGGGACUGUCUUAUCUGCCCUACACCUCUUCCUGUCUCAGCAACACCUCAAACGCAGGAAACACAAACCACCACCAGAGCCACAUCAACACGCAGCAGGACUUCUCCUCCUUCCUCAUGCCCACUUUGCGGGCCCCGGUCAACAAGAGGAGCCUCAGCAAGGACAGUGCAGAGUACCGGCUGCGGAGAGAGAGGAACAACGUGGCCGUGAGGAAGAGCAGGGACAAGGCCCGCCGGAGGAUCCAGAUGACCCAGCAGAGGGCCGUGCAGCUGCAGGAGGAGAACCAGAGGCUGCAGAGCAGGAUCGGACAGCUGACACAGGAGCUGGACUCUCUGAAACACAUCCUGUCCCAGCGGCACCUGCAGGGAGCCGAGGGGGGGGCUGCAGGAGAGGCCGGUAUCUAGAACCACCAUUUGUAUUAAUCAUAGCAAUCAGAUUCAAUAUUCGUGUCCAAACAGGCCUCUAAAUGUCUUCUUGUUGGUGCCGAAUAUUGCAUCUACUUGUGAAAAAAGUCAUUUAUAAAAUAAUUAGGCAUUCAUUUGAAGAUGAAGGAUUUUGUAAUAGAGAGAUUGUUUUGUGGAGGCACAGAAAGAUCCAGGAAAACAGUCAGAGGGGGCCAUGGGAAAUCUGAAUUCCUAACAUAAAUAAAUAUAAAGCAUUCAAAUUUGGCUUAGAAAAGACCUGGAUCCCACCCUAGUACUCUUGGCUUUGGGGGGUUUCCAGUCAUAUUAUAAGGGGGGUUUCACCCCAUGCAACUUCCUGCUGACCUCGGUUUUUAAAAAUGUGUGGCUAAUGCACUGUUUGCUGGACUUUUUAAAUAAAUGAAAUAAUCACCUGAACAAGAGACAUUCAGUCCUAAUGUAGAUCCGUAAGACGUGGUUUGAUUGUAGAUGUCAUUGUAUAUUCUUAACUGUGAAUGAAGAGACUGCACAUAAACCGUAUGCGAGGGGUUAAAUAUGUGCAUAUCAAGAUUUAAUACGACUAUGUGGUGAAUGGAUUUUAGGGAGAGUACCUCAGAUGUAAAAAUCCUAAUUGCUGCAAAAUGCACAAAAACUGCACACAAAUUCCAAAUGAACUCUACUGAAUCUCCUUGAAGAUACCAUCUUUGCAAUGUCAACUGUCAACGCAAACAAAAUGCAGUUGUAGCUUAGUCCAUUUAUGCGACACAAGCAAAACAUGGGUAUAACAAAAGUGCAUUCCUGUAGUGCAUGCAUCAAUCUCACAGAGCCUUCAAAAAGAAAACCACUAUGUGCAUUAUACAGAUGUCUUGUUUUUAUUUGAUUUAACAAACAUUGCCUAAUCAUACACUUGACACUUCUUGUCAUUGUCAGAGAUGAUUGUAAAUGUUGUUGCCCAACAAGGUUACACAACUACCUGUGGUUUGUAGGGGAUUGAAUGGAAAUCUAAAUGUCUCUCUGUAUAUACUCUUAUCUUUUGUCACUAAGUGAGUGUGGAAUUACUUGAAAGAAUGUUUAAAUCAUUUGUAAACUUUAAUGUUGUCGAUUGUGUUUUUAUAGUCAAGCAUUGUUAUAGCAAUACUUUGUGAAAAAUGUUCUUUAAAUAAACAAAUUAUUGAGAUUAA